ACUCAAGAGAACUGCAGGAUCAUAACAAUGGCUUCACCAUUUCUUUCCUGUCUUGUCCUGGGUAUGAUCAUAUCAGCUUUUGCAUUACCACGUACUGAGCCACCGCUGGUCCGUGACCAUCCCUUCGUGGCCAUAUGGAACGCCCCCACAGACCAAUGCAAACAACUUGAAAUUCCACUUGACACCGCUGCCUUCCAGGCAGUGACUACACCUUCAGCUGUGCCAGGUCAGUUUCUUACCAUCUUUUAUGAAGACCGCCUCGGCCUUUAUCCCAAAGUUGACAUAAUCAAGCACAAGAUCUACAAAGGUGGUAUCCCUCAAAAUGGCAACCUGACAGAACAUCUCGCUAAGGCCAAAAGUACAAUAGAUCGCUAUAUUUCCCAAGAUUCCUCUCCUGGGCUGGCUGUGAUCGACUGGGAGUCCUGGCGUCCUCUGUGGGACCAAAACUGGGGAUCAAAACGUAUUUAUCAGAAGUUAUCCCUUACUCACGCUUUGCAGCUGGCUCCAUUUUUGUCAACAAAGCAAGUUUCCAAAAUGGCUAAGAGCCAGUUUGAGCAAGCUGGGCGACGCUUCAUGGAGAAAACUAUCAGCAUUGGCAUCGGCAAGCGUCCAAGCCGCCGCUGGGGCUUUUAUCUGCUUCCUGACUGUUUCAACUACGGAUGGGACAAGCCACUCUACACAGGGCAAUGCGCCGCUAAAACUCAGAAGCAGAACAACAAGCUGCUGUGGCUGUGGGAACGAAGCACCGCCCUCUUUCCCUCCAUCUACCUUCACUUGACGCUGAGAAACUCCCCCCGUGCUGCACUCUAUGUCCGCAAUCGUGUCCAGGAGGCGCUGAGGGUGGCGGCACUGCCAAACCGCCCCUAUACUGUGCCCGUCUAUGUCUACUCCAGACCUCUGUACCGGGAUCAGACCCAAAAGUUUCAGACUCAGACGGAUCUGGUUAACACCAUUGGAGAGUCCGCAGCUCUGGGUGCCUCUGGGGUUGUAAUAUGGGGAGGUACCAGGGACUACAAUAACAAGGCUUCUUGCCAGUCCCUGUCAGAGUACCUGUCCUCCACGUUUAGCCCAUAUGUUGCCAACGUGACCGCCGCUGCCAUGCUCUGCAGUCAGGUGCUGUGUCAGGGAAAUGGCCGCUGUGUGAGGAAGAACUACAGCAGCCCUCACUACCUUCACCUGAACCCCGCCUCCUUCCAAAUCCUUAAGGCCAACGGGAAGUACGUUGCUGUCGGUCUCCCGUCUGCCAACGACCUCAACCACUGGCUGGAAAACUUCACCUGUCAGUGCUACGCUGGGUGGAGCUGCUUUCCUGCGCUGCGGCGUCCAGCUAAAGUUCAACUGAUACGAGUUUGAAUUGUCAGAGGAGAGAAUAAUUGUCUCCCGCUGCCUCCCAAAUCCAGUUGUGUAGUCAUUCCUGUGAUGCAAAUAUAUCACAUAAACCUUCUCGAA